AUGAGACCGAACGGAACGCAUGCUGCGUGUGCAGUACUGCUGGUGACGACAUUGCUGCUUUCGCACGCCCUGGUCAGCGGAGAUUCUGGAGGAGGAAGCAGGCGAUCUCCAACCGUUAUUGAUGCCGGUGUCAGAGUGACAGGGCCACGACUUCCGGUGGUGUCUGCGACGGGUUCCCAGGUGACGAAGCUACGCCCCGUCGGGAAACAACGACCCGCCGAAGAGGAUGACGACGAUGACGACGAUGACGAUGACGACGAUGAGGAUUACUUCGACUUCGGUCUCGACGAUGACGACGACGAUGACGAUGACGAUGAGGAGGAGGACGAGGAGGACGAGGAGGAAGUGGCACCGGUGACUAGCAGGCCGGUGGAAACGAGCACGGUACGGGCUCGGCUCCUCUCCGAUGCGGCGUUCAACAAGCUGUCCGAAACGCUCGGUGCACUGAACACGGUCGGGCGGUACAUCGUGAACAUUACCAAGGGCGGGGAGGCGAGCGCCAUCACGCAGGUCGACCCGGACACGAAGGAAACGGUCCCGGAGGCGCUGUUGACGCUCACCAAAACGAUGCUCGGCAAGAACCUGACGAAGACGAUCGAACCACUGAUCAAGCGGGUUGGCAGUGGAACGGGCGAGCAGGAGACGGCAAGCGGGGAUGUUACUUCGGCACCAUUGGUCGUGGGUUCGAGUACCCCCGCUUCCGCCGUGACGACGUUGGAGUCGUUGGCUGUGGCGCAGCGGAAGGAAGAUAACGAGCUGAGUUUGGGCGCGGCGGUCAGUACGGCGCCGGCGGUUGCUCCCCCGACGGCCGGGGUGGUGUCGGAGCAGAAGAAGAAAAAGAAGAAGAAGAAGAAGAACAAGGUGAAGCGGAAGGACCCGGCCCACCAGGAGGUACGCCCGAGCACCACCACCACUACCCGCCGGCCGGAACCAGCGGCAAGUAACAAGAUCGAGACUACGAAGGACGCGGAGAAUCGCUGCCGGACGCCGGACGGACGUCCGGGACGUUGCGAGGACUUGAGCACCUGCCCGGGCCUGCUGCUGGACUUGAGUCAUCUCCGGGAGUCGCUCUGCUUCAAGAGUCUCUUCGUACCGGGCGUUUGCUGUCCCAUCAGCAGUAGCAGCACGCAGCUAACGACUCCCAGACCACGACCUCCACCGGCGGCGGUAGGAACGGUUGCGCCGAGCUUAGUCCUAGCCCCGGUGGCCAAGCCUACCACGACGACCACCACCAAGCGUCCGCUGGUACCGGUGUUCACGGUCGCACCAUCCGGAUCGGAUGGAGCGCUGCUGUCGGCCACCCUCAAACCGAUCGACAACAUCGUCGAUCCGGCGGACUGCGGGCAGCAGGAGUACUCCUCGGGCCGGAUUGUCGGUGGCAUCGAGGCGCCGACCGGGCAGUGGCCCUGGAUGGCGGCCAUCUUCCUGCACGGUGCCAAGCGGACGGAGUUCUGGUGCGGUGGGUCCCUGAUCGGCACCAAGUACAUCCUGACGGCGGCCCAUUGUACGCGCGACUCGCGCCAGCGACCGUUCGCCGCCCGACAGUUCACCGUGCGGCUCGGCGAUAUCGAUCUGUCCACCGACGGGGAACCCUCGGCUCCGGUCACCUACAAGGUGACGGAGGUGCGUGCCCAUCCGCGGUUCUCGCGGGUCGGCUUCUACAACGACGUUGCGCUGAUGGUGCUGGACAAACCGGUUCGUAAGUCGAAGUACGUCAUACCGGUGUGCCUACCGGGUCCGAAUCUACCUUCGAAGGAGCGCCUAGCAGGACGUCGGGCAACAGUCGUUGGCUGGGGUACGACCUACUACGGUGGAAAGGAAUCAACCAAGCAGCAACAGGCCACCCUGCCGGUCUGGCGUAACGAGGACUGCAACCGGGCGUACUUCCAACCGAUCACGGACAACUUUGUGUGCGCCGGGUUUUCCGAGGGAGGCGUCGACGCUUGUCAAGGCGAUUCGGGCGGCCCGUUGAUGAUGCUGGUCGAGGCCCGCUGGACGCAGGUCGGCGUGGUGUCGUUCGGCAACAAGUGCGGUGAACCGGGCUACCCGGGCGUGUACACGCGCAUCAGCGAGUACAUGGACUGGAUACGGGAGAACAUGAAGAAGUAA